CCUUCUCGCAAAACUCGCUCGUCAGGUUUUCACACGUGAUCGCUGUCGAGUUGAACAUCGAGAACCCAUGCUGUGUAAUAGAACAGCUUUUUACUCCGAUACUGCCCCGACACGAACCUAAUGUAACUGGACGGUAAUGCUGUACUUGUAAACUCUAUCCAGUGUGUUUGUUUUAAAAGGGGGGGUACAUCAUGGCGAGUCUGUUCGGAGCCGCCGCCAUACCUUUCAUCGCGUGUAUAGCUCUACUAGCGGCGGAAACACUGCAGAUUCUGUCCUUUGCUGCACCUUACUGGGCGACGUCUGAAGUAACGGGCACGUCUUUUGGACUGUGGAGAAAAGCCAGAUGCGCCACUGAAUAUGUUGGAUGUACUCGAUGGGAUUUCCCGUGGUAUGUCCCAGACUGGCAGAACGCCGUCCGAGGCCUGGAGAGCUGUGCCAUCAUCCUGAUUGCCAUUCCACUGAUCGUCCUUCCCGUCUACAUCUACGUGGCUCUUGGACUAUACUACAGAUGCAUUAUGGUAUUCAUGACCGUGUGCAGCCUUCUUGCAGUGCUGUGUAACGCUAUUGGAGUGGCCAUAUACGGCGUGGAGAUCGGCAAGAGUGACGAGUUGAAGGUCAGCUGGUGUCUCAUCGUCAGCAUCAUCGGCGCCGGGUUCGACCUCAUCGGCUUCCUCAUCCUCCUAAUCGCCACCAUCAACAAGCCCGUCUUCCGACCCGAUAAAUACUACCCGUCCGGCUUCUACGUCGACCCCGACCACAACAAGCUGUAUGCCGUGGAUAUCCUGGAAAAGGACGGUGGGAAAUCGACCGGUCGGGACAAUCCAGUAUUGGUAGCCGAUGAUUAAUCAUCAUCAGACACAGAAACACGGCCAUCAUUCAACAGAGUGCUGGCACGACUGUUCGACUGUUGAAGUAGUUUUGUACAAAACUCGUCAAGUUCAAAAGUGAGAGAAAAAGAAAAAAAAUGGAGAUAAAACACACCAAUUGUUUAAUGUACAAAGAUAUUGGAAGACAAUAGAUUAAUUUGCCUAUCAGUUGGAGAGACCAAUGCAUGCUCUUCAUAGCUGAUCUAUUUUAAGGGGUGCAUUUUGCCGACCUCCUUCUGAACUCCCCCAACCCGCUUCCGAUGCCUAUGACAUUCAGUGCAAGGUUGCAUGCACACUGGUUACGCAAAAAUGGAUUAAAUCUGUUUAUAGUUAAUAAAAUCCAAUGAUGUAUACAUGAAAUUAUAAUUUUAUGAAAGAAUGCAUAAUGUUUCUCAAAUUGAUAUCUCAUGGACUUAACGAGUUUUGCAAAAACACUUUUUAAUUGUCUGUAAUAUAAUUCUUCCAAAUACCACCUUUGCAGAUAGCAACAUAUAUUAUAACCAAAGUUAGUGGUUUACAGCAUUGUACCUUGUGAGGUGUGCCAUGAAGUUAUAUAAUAAUUCUAUAUUUAUAACUCUUAAAUCUAUUCCAUGCAUACAACUAUACAACAUGGAUAUGGGUGCUUUUCCAAACAUAGUGCUGAAAAACAUAUUAUAGCCUGAGAACUAUUUCUUAGAGUAUGGUCUCCGAUUUAGUAUGUUUUUUGUUUUUUUAAAUUUGAACCCAUACAGUAGUUUUAGAUUCAUAUAUCUGACGUAUUUUCAAACAUAUAGCACGUCUUCAUUUACAUGCAUCAAGUGUUUUGUUUUUGCUUUGAGUCAUAUUUACAAAAAUAAAACAAAAAAGGUAAUGUUACUGGCACCCCAGCACAUGGGAUACUUAAACAGUUGUUGAAAUUUACACAUGUUAAAUUGUUAAUGAAGAUACGCAUCAAAAACAGAAUGACUAACAAAACUACACAUUGAUAACAUAGAUAUUAUUAGCAGCAUUACUAUUGUGGGUACGGUAAACCUUCUACUACAUGAUGUUACUGUACAUGUUCAUGCUUUUAAUAUUUUUUAUUCUGAUACUUUGUACUAUUGUUUUACAAUACUGAAUAUAUACAUUAUGAAACUUACAAUAUAAAAUGCUAAAAACAA